GACGGGCGCGGUGCAUUGUGGGCGGGGAGGGGAGAUCGCCAUUUGCAGCAGACAGAGGCGGAUACUGGCAGGAGAGGAUGCGUCCCGGAACUCGGGCUGUCAGCUAGGAGAGGCCUGGGCUCUGGGCCUGAUACUGGAAGGAGGCUCACCGGACACACCGACCACCAUCACCCCAUUGAGGCCGCACUGACCGCUGAACGAAUGUAUGACAACAUGUCCACGAUGGUGUUUCUGAAGGAAGAUAAGUUGGAGAAGCUCACCCAAGAUGAGAUCAUUUCAAAGACCAAGCAGGUGAUCCAGGGUCUGGAGGCCUUGAAAAAUGAGCACAACUCCAUCCUGCAAAGCCUCCUGGAGACCUUGAAGUGUCUGAAGAAAGAUGACGAGAGUAACUUGGUGGAAGAGAAGUCCAACAUGAUCCGAAAGUCAUUGGAGAUGCUGGAACUGGGUCUGAGUGAAGCACAGGUUAUGAUGGCCUUAUCGAACCAUUUGAAUGCAGUGGAGUCAGAGAAGCAGAAGCUGAGGGCUCAGGUGAGGAGGCUGUGCCAGGAGAACCAGUGGUUGAGGGAUGAGCUGGCCAAUACUCAACAGAAGCUGCAGAGGAGCGAACAGUACGUGGCCCAACUGGAGGAGGAGAAGAAACAUCUAGAAUUUAUGAACCAGCUGAAGAAAUACGAUGACGACAUUUCUCCAUCGGAUGAUAAAGACAGUGAUUCCUCUAAGGAGCCUCUCGAUGACCUCUUCCCCAACGAUGAUGAUGACCAAGGACCAGGAAUACAACAACAGCACAGCAGCGCAGCCGCUGCCGCACAACAAGGAGGCUAUGAGAUCCCCGCACGGUUAAGAACCCUUCAUAAUCUGGUGAUUCAGUACGCAUCCCAAGGGAGGUAUGAGGUGGCCGUGCCUCUCUGCAAGCAAGCUCUGGAAGACCUGGAGAAGAACUCCGGCCACGAUCACCCUGAUGUCGCCACAAUGCUUAAUAUACUGGCUCUGGUGUAUAGGGAUCAGAACAAAUACAAAGAUGCUGCCAAUCUAUUAAACGAUGCCCUGGCCAUCCGAGAAAAGACUUUGGGAAAGGAUCACCCAGCGGUUGCAGCCACUCUUAAUAACCUAGCUGUGCUUUAUGGGAAGAGGGGGAAGUACAAGGAAGCAGAACCAUUAUGUAAGAGGGCCCUGGAGAUCCGGGAAAAGGUGUUGGGCAAGGAUCACCCAGACGUAGCUAAACAACUGAACAACUUGGCCUUACUGUGUCAGAACCAGGGCAAAUAUGAGGAAGUGGAAUACUAUUACCAGAGAGCAUUGGAGAUUUACCAGACCAAACUGGGGCCAGACGAUCCAAAUGUGGCAAAAACCAAGAACAACCUGGCUUCUUGCUAUCUGAAACAAGGCAAGUUCAAGCAAGCUGAGACUUUGUACAAAGAAAUCUUGACACGGGCACAUGAAAGGGAAUUUGGAUCAGUUGACGAUGAGAACAAACCUAUCUGGAUGCACGCUGAAGAAAGAGAAAAGUUCAAAGGUAAACAAAAGGAUGGCACAUUUGGAGAAUACGGAGGCUGGUAUAAAGCAUGCAAAGUUGAUAGCCCCACAGUGACCACUACCCUGAAAAACCUUGGAGCACUUUACAGACGUCAGGGCAAGUUUGAAGCGGCAGAAACACUAGAGGAGGCAGCAAUGAGGUCACGGAAACAGGGUCCUGUCUCACAGGGACUAGACAAUGUCCACAAGCAGCGAGUGGCCGAAGUGUUAAAUGACCCAGAAAGCAUUGAGAAGAGGAGAAGCCGGGAGAGCCUCGACGUGGUAAAGUACGAGAGCGGUCCAGAUGGAGGGGAGGAAGUGAGUAUGAGCGUAGAGUGGAACGGGGCCUAGAUGCCUUGUGUGACUCUAACUCUGUCUCCUGCAUGACGGACGCGCUCCAUCUCAAGCUUUAACCUCUCUCUCCAGUACUGACCGCUGUGUUCUAGCACCUCCUUUGUAGGAUUUCCAUCUGAGCUGUCAUACACACUUCCUUUGUAAAUUGACCAUACUCGCCAAAAGAGCUGACACUUCUUCCUACACUACUUUUUUUUUUUCCUCCCCUUCUCAACACUGUACAUGUGUAGCUUUGUCCAGCUGUUAUCUAGCUAUAAGAUCUGUAAUCCAGUCAUACAGCGAUGUGUUAUUCCAAUGUAUUCAGUCGCUAGGAAAGCACUUCUAAGCUAGUUGCUCUUUUACUGAAGGUAAUUAAAUAUCUCGGGGUCCAUUAGUGGCAUGUCGAGGACCUCUGCACAGAAACUGUACUCUGUAGAAAUAAAAGCAUGUACUGCAAAUGCUUGAUAAUACUGUCAGUGGAGACCUGUUGUGUGGUUACCAUCAACUGUGGAUGUUAAUGGGUCUCCCGCCAUGAGUAUUAAUGGGAUUUAGAACUAUUUGAGUCUUAGUGUGACUUUUUUGGCAGUUGUGCUUCUACUAAUCUUCGAAGUGUAUGUUGAUUUGUGUACAUGUCUUUCUAACUUCUAAUAAACUCUCUAACUGACCCCA